AUGUCGACCGCAGUCUUAAAAUCGAAAACUAAAAAGGCCAUUAACAAACCAAGCCGUAAAGGAAAAAAAGCGUGGAGGAAAAAUGUCGACAUAACUGAAGUUGAAGAAGCUUUAGAAAGGAUAAGAGAUGAAGAAAGAAUUUUAGGUGAUAAACUUAAUGACAUACCUACAGAAAAACUUUUUUCAGUAGAUGUAACGGGAGAUCACAAAGUAAAAAAAAGACUCGACAAGAAAUUCGCAAAAUUACGCAUUGAUCAAGUUUUAGAGAACCGCAGCAAGAUCCCCGAGGUGCUCUCAAAACCGAGGCCAAAUUAUGGCAAGAAUCAUGCUUCAAAAUAUACUAAAAUGAUGCUAGAGAAGCUCGCAGGAAAAAAGCAUCUGGGCGAAAACUCAAAUAAUACUGACUCUAGUGAGGAUAUUAUGAAAACAGGAGAGUAUGAUGUAUGGGCACAAGAUAAUUUUUCGCAUUCAGUAAAGGAGCGAAAAAUUAAGCCACCUCCGACCUUAAAUAUGAAACCUGCAGCUAACAUUCCUGCAAUUCAUCUACCGCAUUGUGGAUCAAGCUACAUGCCAUCAUUUAAGGAGCAUCAGCUCCUUAUGAUUGCUCAUGAAGAAGAAGUUGUCAAAUUAAAGCAAAUGCAACAUAUCAAUUCUAAACUUCCGUACCCCCUUGAUGCUUCCUCUGCACUAAACAUAGGAAAUAUGAUUGAAGAACAUGAUGAAAAAUCAUCAGAGGAAGAUGAUGUCGAAAGUGAAGAAACUAAAGAAAAAGCUGUCCAAACAAAAUUUGAAAGACUUCCUGAAACUCUCAAAACUGUCGAGGAUGAAUAUGCUGAGCAUGAAAAGAUGAUGAUUGAAUGGACGAAAUUGGCCGAAGAGGUGAAAAAAAUGCCAAAGAAAAAAAUUGGCAAAUAUCGAGUCCGAAAAGCACCAAUUGAUGUAAAGCUCACUGAGGAUUUGGAAGGAACACUAAGACUUUUAAAGCCUGAAGGAAAUCUUUUCCGUGAUCGAAUGAUCAGUUAUGAAGAGCGUAAUAUUGUCGAGCCGAGAGUACCUGUCAGUAAAAAACGAAAAUAUAAACUUAAAGA